AUGGCUGCCUACGAGAAAGGUCCCUCGAGAGGGAAAGGGCCCUCUUUCCAGCAGGGCUUGGGCGCCCCUCGCGCUGUAAUCCAGGCAAUACUAUCGCUCGCAGCAGAACGUCGUCGGACACAAUGGCCUUCUUUUCCCAUGGGACAGAGAACAAGAGGGACUUUCAAAAGCCCCUCCUCCCACCUCCUCCAACAGCUCAUCCGCCGCUCUCAGGAAACGGAGACGGACGCACCGGGCGAAGAGGAAUCUUCGGAAGAGUCAGAGGAGUCCGAAAUGCUGAAUUUGGAGGCGGAGUUUGAUGGGAUCCUGAGAGAGGAGGCUGUGGCCGAAGCACUCAAUGAGUUGGGGUGGUCGGGCCCUGGGACGGAGCAGGUCUACCUCAACCUGAAUUUAUCACACUGCGAUUUAAUCGACAUCAGCAUUCUGUGUAACUAUGUUCACCUACAGAAGUUGAAUCUUUCAGCGAACAAAAUCGAAGAUUUGUCUUGUGUGAGCUGCAUGCCGUAUCUUCUGGAACUAAAUGCUUCUCAGAACAGGCUGACUACCUUCUUCAAUUUCAAGCCACCCAAAAAUCUCAAGAAGGUGGAUUUUUCCUCCAACCAGAUCAUGGAAAUGUGUGACCUGUCGGCAUACCACACUCUGACUCAACUCAUUUUGGACCACAACGAGAUAGAAGAAAUCACUGGGUUAGAGAACUGUAUCAGCCUGACCCACCUCAGUCUGGCUGACAACAAGAUCACAACCAUCAGCGGCUUGGGAACACUACCCAUCAAAGUGCUUUGUUUGAGCAACAACCAGAUUGAGAACAUCACAGGUCUGGAGGAACUGAAAGCCUUGCAGAAGCUGGAUCUCUCCAACAAUCGGAUCAGUAGUCUCCAGGGCUUGGAGAACCAUGAUCUCCUGGAAGUGAUCAACCUAGAGGAGAACAAGAUUGAGGAGCUGAGUGAAAUAGAAUAUAUUGAAAAUCUUCCUAUCCUUCGAGUUCUCAAUCUGCUAAAGAAUCCAGUUCAGAGCAAAUCCGAAUACUGGUUCUUCGUAAUAUUUAUACUGCUACGGCUGACAGAGUUAGAUCAGCAGAAGAUUAAAGUGGAAGAGAAGGUUUCUGCCGUGAAUCUAUAUGACCCUCCCCCUGAAGUGGUCGCUGUCCGAGAUCACAUGAUCCAUGUUGUCAACAGCAUGUCGCAACCACAGAGGAUCUUUGACAGCACUCUGCCAAGUCUGGAUGCCCCUUACCCCAUGCUGAUCCUAACUGGUCCUGCAGCGUGUGGGAAACGAGAACUCGCCCACCGCCUCUGCAGACAGUUUAAUACUUACUUCAGAUACGGGGCCUGCCACACCACACGACCGCCGUACUUUGGUGAAGGGGAUCGAGUUGAUUAUCACUUCAUCUCUCAAGAAGUUUUUGAUGAAAUGCUCAACAUGGGGAAAUUUAUCCUAACAUUUAAUUACGGUAACCACAGUUAUGGAUUAAAUAGGGACACUGUAGAAGGUAUUGCAAGAGAUGGACUAGCAAGCUGCAUUCAUAUGGAACUAGAAGGCGUAAGAAGUUUGAAAUAUUCCUAUUUCGAGCCUCGCUAUAUCUUGGUGGUGCCCAUGGACAAGGAAAAAUACGAAGGAUACUUACGGAGAAAGGGAUUGUUUAGUCGAGCAGAAAUUGACUUUGCUGUCUCCAGGGUGGACCUUUACAUUAAAAUUAAUCAGAAAUUUCCAGGGUAUUUCGAUGCAGUGAUUAAUGCAGACGAUCUGGACAUUGCCUACAAAAAGCUAAGUGAGCUCAUUCGAGAAUACCUGGGAUUGACCGAGGAUGGCACUAAGGGUUUGGCUCCAACUGCAGCUAUUAAGACAUCUUACCUGAAAUCUGAAGACUUUUCCAGGAAGCCCAUUGCUCCCAGUACCAGUGAGUUCUUGGAUUCAACAGACAGAAACUACUAUGCGAAAUUAUGGGCCAAGCUUUCAUCCAAAAAGUCACCUGUGGAAAGAGAGUCUUUCCAAAGACGGCACGAGACAGCCCGGCAAGCGCUCAUGGGAAAGACGCCCCGUGGUCACACGCUCCUGUUUCAAAGGGGCCCAGUACCAAUACCUACUGUCAGUGGCCUACAGUAUUUUACAACAUUAGAGGAAUUACAGACAAGUUUUGAGUUCAAUGAAGAUCAUGAUAAAACUCCCUUUGGACCAUACCCUGAAAUAAGCAAGGAUCCCCAUAGUUCUAUGAAGUAUUCUCAGUUAUUUCAUGCUUGUCCGUGGUCCAAAGAUGUUCCUUAUGUCCAGCUCCCAGAGGGAGGGGUUUCUUCACGCCCAGGAUCAGCAACAAGCGACGAAGUGGAUGGGCCCUUAAAAGUUCUGCACAUACCAUCCUCUCUACAGGAAAAAGCACCUGCCCAGUACAAAAGAUACUCUGCAGCUCCAAUAACUAGCCCAGGUUCCAACAUCAAACCUACCCUUCCUCCAAUCCCACACGGCCGCAGAUAAACCGACGCUGUGAGCUCGGAUCUCCACACAUAAACCGGCACCAUUGGCGUCUGAUCUAAACAUGAAC